AUGUUGUUCUCGUCGACCUUCAUCAAGUUCACAGCCCUUGUCCUAGCUACCCGCGCCGCCGCGAGCCCUGUUGUGGUUGGCAUUGAGCCCCAGGCCCGGCGUGUCUGUUACGACGAGACCCCAGCGCUGCAUUGUUACUCAGGAGGCUCCGACAUUCCGCAGAACGUCAAUGAAACCGAUGUUAGCUUCAUAGCGGCCUCUCUGCGCGCUUACGGUCGGCAGACCCGAUUAGGUCGACUACUUACCAUGACCACAGCUGAUGCACCUGACUGUGGAGAAUGGUUCCUCUACUCACGCAAUUCUGCAGCGGCAUAUGCCAAAAAGAUUGACAUGACGUACAACUCGUCUGUUCUCUUUGAGGAGAUUGCAAACACCAUUGAUGGUGGCACUGGCGUGGUGAAGCAGACAGGCAUUUUUAGAUGCCGGACGGACGGCGGUUCAUACGGUGUACAAGUCAAUGCAACCGCUCCAGCCUACACCACGAAAGAAUACAUCGAAGCGGGGCUCAAACCUAGCGGUAUCAUUAUCAAGAUCGUUGCCAACAAGUAG